AUGGGCUUUUGUUCAGUUUACGUAGUCAGUGCUCCUAUAUGGAGUAUCGGAGCGCCAUAUGUUUAUACCGUCAACUACAAUGACACCGACCAAUUGCUAUAUGCUGUAAGGCAGGCAUUAAAAGAGCAGCCUCAGCCAUUUGUACCAGAAGAAUUUACUCCUCGAGGGAUGCUCAUCAGAGUGAACAUGUUGAUUCAUCGCGAUCUAUGUGCGAGCGCAUUGAAAUGGCCUCCACAUAGUGCACUUGAGGCAUGUUUUUUUUUACUUUCAGUAAUAAUGGUGAGGCGGAGCGAUCCGGGAGAGUCAUGCGAAAUGGCGUGCAACUUUGCAGGCCUAGUGUGUGAGCCGUCAUUUUUCCCACUAGUGAAUUCUGUUCAAUUCUUAACUAGUGAACCUCAUGCUCCAUACAACUGCAUUCGACAAGCCAGUUCCUUAAUGUUUAGCUGCGCAACUCGGCCACCGGCAGGUACUAGAGCUGCUACCAUUAUUGGACUCGAAGUAGCUGGAGAAGCCAGACAGAAUACAGUCUAA